GCCGGUCUGCGCUGUUCCUCGGUGGCGACCUUAAUUAUGAGAUGAGCUAAUGCUUUACUGACUUAACCAUGGCGCAGCGGGCAGUGUGGCUCAUAAGCCACGAACCGGGAACUCCACUUUGUGGCACCGUGAGAUUCUCCAGACGGUAUCCAACUGUUGAAAAACGAGCCAGAGUCUUCAAUGGAGCAAGUUAUGUGCCUGUUCCUGAAGAUGGUCCCUUUCUUAAAGCACUGCUCUUUGAACUUAGAUUAUUGGAUGAUGAUAAAGACUUCAUUGAGAGUCGUGAUAGCUGUUCACGCAUCAAUAAAACAUCCAUUUAUGGACUCCUGAUAGGAGGUGAAGAACUCUGGCCAGUUGUUGCUUUUCUGAAGAAUGACAUGAUAUAUGCUUGUGUUCCACUAGUUGAACAAACUCUGUCCCCUCGUCCGCCAUUAAUUAGUGUCAGUGGAGUUUCACAAGGCUUUGAAUUUCUUUUUGGGAUACAGGAUUUUCUUUAUUCAGGUCAGAAAAAUGACUCUGAGCUGAAUACAAAAUUGAGCCAGUUGCCUGACUUGCUUCUGCAGGCUUGUCCAUUUGGUACUUUAUUAGAUGCCAACUUACAGAAUUCAUUAGAUAAUACCAAUUUUGCAUCUGUGACUCAGCCACAGAAACAGCCAGCUUGGAAAACUGGGACGUACAAAGGAAAACCACAAGUUUCUAUUUCUAUCACUGAAAAGGUAAAAUCCAUGCAAUAUGAUAAACAGGGUAUAGCAGAUACAUGGCAAGUUGUUGGAACAGUGACUUGCAAGUGUGAUUUGGAAGGAAUCAUGCCAAAUGUUACCAUCAGCUUGAGUCUCCCCACCAAUGGAUCUCCACUUCAGGAUAUUCUAGUUCACCCUUGUGUAACUUCUCUUGACUCUGCAAUUCUGACUUCUAGUAGUAUUGAUGCAAUGGAUGACUCUGCAUUUAGUGGGCCUUACAAAUUUCCAUUCACUCCACCUUUAGAGUCAUUCAACUUAUGCUUCUACACUUCCCAGGUCCCUGUCCCACCAAUUUUGGGUUUUUAUCAAAUGAAGGAGGAAGAAGUACAACUAAGAAUAACCAUUAAUUUAAAACUUCAUGAAAGUGUGAAAAAUAAUUUUGAAUUCUGUGAAGCCCAUAUACCUUUUUACAAUAGAGGUCCAAUUACACAUUUGGAAUACAAAACUAGUUUUGGCCAGCUCGAAGUAUUUCGAGAGAAAAGCUUAUUGAUCUGGAUUAUUGGCCAGAAGUUCCCAAAAUCAAUGGAAAUUAGUCUUUCUGGAACUGUAACUUUUGGAGCCAAGAGCCAUGAGAAGCAGCCAUUUGACCCAAUUUGUACUGGAGAAACAGCAUAUUUAAAGCUUCAUUUUAGGAUCUUAGAUUACACACUUACUGGAUGUUAUGCAGAUCAGCAUUCAGUUCAAGUUUUUGCAUCAGGAAAACCAAAAAUAAGUGCACAUGAGGACACUGAUGGAACUGAGAGAUUAGGGUCCCAUAGCUUGCAAAUGGCAGAACUGCGAGUCAGAUACUCAAGCAUUCUGGCUCUGGAACCUGUCCACUUAACAGUAUGCUGUCUUGCCUCUCAUUGUUACUGCGUUCUCAAACUUUGAAGAGAACAAAAAAGACAAUAUAGUCUAUAUUCUUUUCAUUAUGAAGAAGGGCAUGAAGAAGAAAGGUAGAACAGGCUGAAUUGGAUAAUUAUAUUUAAUUGGAUAUUUAAUUAUAUAUAUAUAAAAAGAAUUUACAUGUGUAACUCCAAAUGAACAUUAUUAUCUCAACUUUACAUAUCAGAAAACUUUAGUUCAAAUAGGUUGCCAUUUUUGUAGAGUUUCAAAGCUAUUUUUAAAAAGGCUUAAAUUGAUCAGAACUAUAAUAAGAAACCAGUGAAGCAAACUAUUUAGAAUGUUGCUAGGAAGUUGGGUGUUAAUUUAUAUCUCUGACACUUUGGGUAAAGAAUAGCAAGACCCAGAAUCAGGGCUAUGGUGAUAAGGUUAUAGAAGAUAAACCAAUGAAAAAUUUUUAAUGUUUUUGCAGUCAGAGUAAUGGUCCAUACGAAAAAGAUUUUAGAGAAAAUGUGAAGAUAAAAUUGGCAGAUUUGGCAUAAAUGAGAGAUAUUUCAUGUAAGGUCAAAGAUGAAUUCUUCAAAUAUUUAAUGAGUCCAUAUUUGUAAAAUGGUAAAAGUUAUAAUAAAGUCUUGAUAAUAUGAAAUUAAAGUGAAUAUUUCAAAGUAUUGACUUGAAAUAACUGCAUUCCACAAUUUCAAAAAUCAUGACUUUGCUCUCGUUGAAUUUUUGCUGAAAUAGUCUUAUCAUUAAUUUCUUUUUCUUUUCUUUAGACCGGAAACUAAUUUCUUCUGAUUAUUACAUCUGGAAUUCUAAAGCCCCUGCUCCAGUAACAUAUGGAUCAUUAUUAUUGUAAUAGUCUCAUGUUUAAAUGGGAUUAUAUAAUGAUAACAGUUUAAAGAAAAUCAUAAUCUUAUAUUUUUAAUGUGGAUGCAUAUAACCUGUGAGUGAAAAAUCACUGAAUGAUUUAAUUGUAAAAGUAGUCUUAUGUAGUGUUUGUAGUCUGAUAGAGCUUGAAAGGACGUUUUAAAAGCUAAUGUCUCCAAUUUUGUUAACCUUUGAUUUUAUGCCAGUAUAAUUCAGAACAUAGAAAAGUAAUGAUUCACUUGGGCUCAUUUUAGACUGGUCCUGGGUCACCCUGCCACACUUGUUUCCUAGUGUUUCUGUGGCAGACAUUGCUAAUCAAUUACAGCCCUUUUCUGUACUGAGCCUUGGAUAAAGGGUCAGGCUCCUUUUUAGUUCAGAGAUUCAGGCAGCCACUCCCAGUGGGUUGUAGAUAAUGUGCAAGAUAAAAACUAUUUUCUCUUCCAAAUCUAAGUACUAAGCUCCUAGUAUAAGGUGUUGUUACAGAAUACCAGAGACCAUGUUAGAGACAACUACAUCUCUUCAAAAAACAGCCAACAGAGACAAAGGAAAAGUGUUUAAAUAGUAAGCUGUUCUUCUUAAUCAGAACUAUCCUAUUGACUAAUAAAUAAUCUGCAUAAUUCUACUUAAGGUGUGUAAUCUCUGUUCUAGAGUUAGUUUUUAAGUAAGCUUGUUAAUCUGCCACUUUGACAUUUUGCUUAGGAUGUCAGUAGCCAUAUUAAGAUGUGUAGAAUACCUUCAGAAGAUGAUCAUAGUGUUUUGUAAUCAUUUAAUGUCUGCAGCCAAAUUUUUAAAGGUAAUUUAGAUCUAAUACUGCUCUUGCUGUGUCUUAUUAAGUUAAAAUUAAUGAAUGAAUUCUGGUAAAAAUUCAAAAGGCACUCUGUGAGUAGAGAGUAUCAUUUAAGCUUAUUUUAGUCACAUGUAGUAUAUAUCUCCUUAAAGCUGUCACUCUCACUUUCUUACCAUUCUCUUGAUUUCUUCAGAAACCAUCUAGUCAUCAUCUUUAUACUCUACCUGCUUCUGCAAUUAUAUAUCAUAUUAUGUUUUCAGAGCAGUUCAUUGUCAAGUUGGACUUUAAGUGACCAUUCAAGAAAAGAUGAAAUCUCACAAACCUCAAAACUUCAUUCAUGUCUUUUUACAAAUGAGAAAAAAAAAUGCAUUAAAGAUUCUCAAUUUGAUUAUA